CGCCUGGCCCUCUGCCCCUCCCGCCUCGGUGCGCACACGUGGGGCCCGAGGAAGAUGGCGUCGCCCAUGGCAGGUCAGGCUGGGACAGCGCGACGGCUCUUGGCGUUGCACAGGGCUUCCCUGCUGAAGUGGCGCAACCCGGCUGUUCAAUGGGCCCCCAGGCGAUGGCUAAACCUGCAGGAAUACCAGAGUAAGAAGCUGAUGGCUGAUCACGGGGUCACAGUUCAGAGAUUCUUUGUAGCUGACACUGCCAGUGAAGCUCUUGAGGCUGCAAACAGGCUAAAGGCUACAGAAAUCGUGUUGAAGGCUCAGAUCCUAGCUGGAGGAAGAGGAAAAGGUGUUUUCAGCAGCGGUCUCAAGGGAGGUGUGCACCUAACCAAGGACCCUAAUGUGGUGCGACAGCUUGCUGAACAGAUGAUUGGAUACAAUCUUGUGACAAAGCAAACACCGAAGGGAGGUGUUAAAGUUAAGAAGGUUAUGGUGGCAGAAGCACUCGACAUUUCCAGAGAAACCUAUUUUGCAGUGUUAAUGGAUCGAGCUUGUAACGGACCUGUUCUGGUUGGCAGCCCGCAAGGCGGGGUUGAUAUUGAAGAAGUGGCUGCCAAAACCCCUGAACUCAUCUUCAAGGAGGAAAUAGAUAUUUUUGAAGGUGUAAAAGACACUCAAGCACUUCGGAUGGCAGAAAAUUUAGGAUUCAAGGGGCCUCUGCAACAGCAGGCUGCAGAUCAAAUUAAGAAGCUCUACAAUCUUUUCCUGAAAAUUGAUGCCACUCAAGUAGAGGUGAAUCCCUUUGGUGAAACUCCAGAAGGACAAGUUGUAUGCUUUGAUGCCAAGAUCAACUUUGAUGACAAUGCUGAGUUCAGGCAGAAAGAGAUAUUUGCCAUGGAUGACAAGUCUGAGAAUGAACCAAUAGAAAAUGAAGCUGCCCGCUAUGACUUAAAAUACAUAGGGAUGGAUGGAAACAUCGCGUGUUUUGUCAAUGGCGCUGGGCUUGCUAUGGCAACCUGUGAUAUAAUUUCCCUUAAUGGUGGAAAGCCUGCCAAUUUCCUAGAUCUUGGUGGAGGCGUGAAGGAAGCACAAGUGUAUCAAGCAUUCAAAUUGCUCACUGCGGAUCCAAAGGUUGAAGCAAUUCUGGUCAAUAUUUUUGGUGGGAUUGUUAAUUGUGCCAUUAUAGCCAAUGGCAUCACCAAAGCUUGCCGAGAGCUUGAACUCAAAGUGCCUCUAGUGGUCAGACUUGAAGGGACAAACGUUCAUGAAGCCCAGCGCAUUUUGAAUGAGAGUGGACUCCCAAUCAUGUCUGCAUGUGACCUUGAAGAUGCUGCCAGGAAGGCAGUGGCCAGUGUGUCAAAGAAAUAAGAGCAUCACCAAUGAAGAAAUCUGUACAAUGGAUGACAUUCCUGAAAAUGUCUCAGUAUAUAUAUUUUAGGAUUAUUUUAACCAGCCAGGAAUAAAGUUAUGCCUGGCCUAUCUGAGCAAUCAGUGAGACAUUGUGAGAUGUUCUGUAUGUUAUUUUUUAAAAAAACACUCUCAAAACUAAACUACAAGCUACCCUGAAUUCACAGAGACUAUCCUGUGCAAUAUUCUAUCAGAAUGGGCUGCAAUUGUGAUCAUUAGCCACUGUUUAUUGCCAUUCAGGAUUCUUUAUCAUGUAGGAUGUCCUUAUUAACAACUGUUUUUUUGUAAAAUAUUUUGUACAUCUCGGAUAUCUUAGAGAGACAGUAGGCAGUCAGGGCCGACAUUUUGUUUUUUUAAAAAAAUCACACAAUGGACUCUGUACCCCAAAGUGAAUUUAGAUUUGUGUUCCUCAAAAUUGUUGCUUUCCUCAUCCUGGGGCAAAAUACUUUUGUAACUGAUGGAAAUUUCAAAAGACAUUUAGAGGAAGUCAUGGGAAUCUGCUAUUUAAAUGAAAAAAAGAUCCCACAACUACCCAAAAAAUCCUGUGGGUAUGCCCGGAAGCUCUCAUUGAUUUCUCUUGAUGUUUUGAAUCUUAGCCUUUUUACAUUUUUAAAUGAUAUUUUCCCAUUAAGGAUAUGAGAAAAUAGCACAUUUUCUUCUGUCUCUUGGGCCUAAUUAAUGGAAAUUCCUGUGGAAAAGGUUCCUUCAGAGAAUGUGCAGUUGUUUCACACAUGCCUUAAAUAUAAAUGUUCAUGAUUUGGCACUGAAUGUAUACCUCAUAUUACAGUAAAUCAGACAUGUAGCCGCAUGGAACAACCUUUUAAAAAUAUAUCAUACCAUGAACAUGUCUCUCAUGUGAGUCUUUUUAAUGAUUGAAGGAGAAAUGCAACAUGUCACAGCAUCAUACUGUCUGCUGUCUAUGAACAUAUCCGUCCAGUUAAUACCCAAAUCAAUGUGCAUAAUACUGCUUUUGAUGACCUGUCAUUCAUUGCAGGUUUAAAAAUCCUCUCAUGACCAGACCUUAAGAAUUCAUCAUUAAUGCUAUGAUCUUAUUGACAUCAGACUGCCAGUCCCCAACUUGGUGUCCUCCAGAUGUGUUGGACUAUAACUCCCAUCAUCCCCACCCUGCAUGCCCAUUGGCUGGCAAUGAGGAAGUUUGUGGUUCAAAGCAUCUGUAAAGUGUCAGGUUUAGGAAAACAGACAUAGACUGUGGUCAUAUUGGCUGUCAGCAAGCCUUUCAUGGUUGAAAGUAAUGUGGAGGGGGGAAAUCCUCAUAAAGCAGUCAUGAAAAAUUCUUUUAAGUUCUUAUCUGAAAUGCUGAUCAUGUCAUUCAUUUUCAUUUUGAGGGGCAAAAUCACAAGUACUUAAUUUUGGCUUGAUCUCGCCUUUGAUUUGUGGGAAAGAGGCACAUAAAAAAGAGGCAGGGACUACCAAAACGACUCCAUAACCACUUCAGUGCACUUGUUUCAUAGUGGGAAGAUCUAUUAAAAUCAAAAUAUUCCCUGUUAAGGCAGGGAGAGAAGACCACAACUGCUUUAGAUGUAUCUUAUUUACACUAACCCACAAAUAGAGAUGCAAAUUACAUUGUUCUGAAAAUGCCAAUAAUAUAUGUUCUGAUUUUUUUCUAAUAAUAUUCAAUAAAGAUAUGAAAACUUUA